AUGAGUCACCGUUGUCACGGCGAACACUGCGAACACGAUCACGAUGAUCUGCCUGGAGCAGGCGAUCAGUUCCUACUUUAUUCACGAAUUGAUCGAGACAAUGUCCGUUGUCUCAAUGAAGCAGAACCUGACAGCGGUAAAUCGGUCAUUAAGCCCUGGAACGAACGAUUUGACAACGAAAAGUUUGUUGAAAGCGAUGCAGACGAGCAGUUGAUCUUGUUUGUUCCAUUCACUGGCAGUGUCAAACUUCGUUCCAUCUGCUUACGAACAGCACGUGGUGAUACCGCGCCUUCUACUAUGAAAGUAUUUAUCAACAGGGAUGAUGUUGAUUUCGAUGCCGCUGAAAGCUAUACUCCAGUGCAAACGUGGGAACUAGUGGAAGGAUCCGAUGAUGUAGUGGAGUAUGCUACAAGAAUUACAAAGUUCACAAACAUUCGAAAUAUCACAUUGUACUUUCCUGAAAACUUUGGUGCCGACACGAGUAUUAUUCACUUUGUGGGUUUUAAGGGCGAAUGGACAGAGAUCAAGCGAGAUCCAAUUAUUACAGUCUACGAAGCCAAUGCAAAUCCUGCUGAUCACAAGAUACCUGGUGCCGACGACAAAAUGGACUAUUCUAUCCAAUAA